AGAGAGAGAGAGAGAGAGGGACCGCUUCGUCUCCCCCAUCGGUUCCCCGUAGUCGAUUUUACGCUUCGAGCAAGGGGAGAAGCUCUGGGGUUUUCGCUCUAAAACCCUAGAGGCCUCUUCGCGGUCGUAUCGAUCGCCUGCCGGCAAUGGCGAAUUCUGAGAAGAAGGCGGAGAAGACUAAAAUCUGUGAUAUUUGUGGAGACAGUGGCUUCAUGGAAGAUAUCGUCACCUGUCAUUGUUGCAAAAGGGCUUCUGAACACAUUUAUUGCAUGCAAGUUCUGCAAUUUAGGGUUCCAGAUGUUUGGUAUUGUCAUGGAUGUCUGUCAAAAGCUCAUGGAGUUCAUGAAGGAAAGAUGCAGGAUACACGUACAGAAAGUGAUUCCUUCAAAAUUUGUACUUUUAAUUCAAAGAGGGCUAAAUCUCCAACUAAAGUAAGUACCCACUUGAAUGAUGAUCCAACUCCUGAAGAAAUUAAUGAUGGUAGAAAGCAGCAGAAUAGAAGGCAUCCAAUGCACUCAUCAUUCUCUAAUGUUUCCGUCAAGACAAUUGAAAAUGCCAAAGUUAAGUUUAUUACACUUGAAGAAGUAGCCUUGAAUUAUGGUGCAACAGCAUACUGUAAACAGGGUAAUUCAGGUGUAUCGUGUCGUCGAAGUGUAUGUCCAUUUAACUCAAGAAAAUCAUUCACCAAUAUCUCUAGAUCCCGUCAUUUGACAAGUACCAGGGUUCCCAGGCAACCAAAUGAAGCAACUGUUGACACUGACACUGACCGUUCUCUUGGAAAAGCCAUUAUAGUUAGGGAAGAUAUUAUUAAUGACAAAGAAGGGAACAUGCAAAAAAAUAAAGUUUCAGAUUACAAUUCAUCUUUGAAGUCCAUUGUACCUGCAGCCUCUAACAUUAGUUCCGAUGCUUCAAAACACAUUGAUGAUAGAACAAAGAAUAGAACAAAAUGUAAGGCCUUAGGAGAGACCUCUGCCACACCUACCGAGGAGAAACACAUGGAUAGAUCUAUUGUUGCUUCUGAUUAUUUUCAACUGAAGCAUAUCCAGGAAAAAGAAGCAAAAUGUGUUGAUGUUGGAGUACAGCCCACAAGAGAUAGGAACAAAAUAAUAAGAACAUAUGACACUUCAGGUGGAAUUGUAUGUUCUGCUGCUCAGUGCAAGAUACUUGCUUCUAAAGAAAAUGAUCUACCACUUACUUUGCUAAUUAAUCCAAAUGAAAAGCUUCUGAAUUGCCCUGCACCAGGAACUUGCUGGAAGGGGACCUUUGAAGUCUUUGAUAUGGGUAUCCAUAUAUAUGGUGAAAUUCAAGCUCAUUUUCCUUCUCAAGUGUCUCCUAAGGCUUAUGACAUUUCGAAGAAGUUGCCCAUGAAGUUAAAGCUCGAUAUGCUACCUCGGAGAGAUGCAUGGCCAAAGAUAUUUCAGUCAGAUCCUCCUACCUAUGAUGACAUCGGUUUAUACUUUUUUCCUAGUCAAUUGGAGAGGCCUAAAGAGAAGUAUUUUCGACUUCUGGAGCGGAUUGAUUCAUGUGAUUUUGCAAUGCAAACUUGGAUAGAAGACGUGGAGCUACUGAUAUACCCAUCUCAACAACUGACAGUGGACUCUCAUCGUAUAAAUGAACAGAUUUACCUAUGGGGUGUGUUUCGGCAUGUGAAACAACGGAAGCACCAUCAACAUAGGCAAGAGAUUUCUUCUCUUAGUCCUGCUGCUGCUGACCUGAAGACUAAUAAGCAUGGUCCAUCAACUACAUCUUUUGAAUGCAGCAAUGAGGAUGUUGACAUGGAGAUUGAUAUGGAAGGCGGCAAAGAUAUUGGUCAGGUAGAUAAACCAAUUCGAAAAAGGGUUGUUCCUCCUGGCCUUCCAUUUGAAAGCCCAAUUUCACAAGAGGCAGGUCCUGCAUGUAGACCUUUGGUGAAGUUGUUGGGUAAAACAAGUUCAGCUCAAUCAGAUGUUCCUCCUGGAUUUUCAAGGACUCCAUAUGUAAAGCAAGAGAGUUUUUCACCUGUUGUCAAUCAAAUACAUCCAGUGUCAAAGAUUUGUGACAGUCCAUCAAGCUUCCUUGAUGUAUCACAAAGAUCAGGUACUGUACUUGCACUUUUUCCUCCGAAGUCUGAGGAUGGAACAAUUAACAAGGCUGAUGAUGCCGAAAUGAGGCAACCUAUUUCUGCAGAUCUCAGCUUAUCAAUGCCACAUUAUGUGAUGGAUGGUGAUUCUUGGGUCUCUAUGACACCAAAGGUCUCCCUAGACCAAGAUGGAUGUGGGGAAAAAGUGCAAUUAAAACUUUGAUCAAUCUGUCUUCUGUUCGUUCGUCAACUGGCCUUAUUUGCUGGUAUGGCUUUGACUUGGACAUCUGAUUACCCCACAGCUGUAGUGUUAUCUCAAGCAUCAGUUCAUGUAAAGCUAAUGCCUUGCCAACUCAGGUUAGAUGUACAUGCCUGCUUUCAUCAUCCAUCUAAUUGGCGUCUUUUAUUUGCAUUCGACAGCAUGUCCAUGUAUAGUUGUUUUGCGAUGUUCUAGGCUUAAAUACUCGUUGACCUUUCGGAUGUCAAGAAGUUUAGUUUUUGUUCCUGGAUAUAUAGUGGAUCAGAAUCUAUUAAGUCAAUAUUUAAGAGAUUGCUCUAACAUUAAAGCAAAGUUCAUAUAGACAUUA